AUGAGAGGAGACAGCGCCAACCUCAAGGCAGAGCUUCGGCUCAGCAGCAACAGCAGCAGCAGCAGCAGCAACAGCAGCAGCAGCAGGGGCAGCAGCAGCGAGCGGGUGACCCCUGAGCCCCUCUGUAGAAGCAACAACAGCAGCAGCAGCAGCAGCAGCACCACACGCCAGGUAGCCUCGAGGUGCAGCAGCAACAUCAUUCAGGGCUUGUUAAACGCAGCAGGAGCAGCAACAGCAGCAGCAGCAGCAACAGCAGCAGGUAUAGCACCUGCAGCAGCCUCUUCUUUUAUCGAGGCACAGGGAGCGGAGCAGCAGCAGCAGCAGCAGCAGCAGCUGCAGUUGCUGCUGCUGCAGCUGAAAUAUGCAAUCGGCGACAGGGCAGCAGCGAGGGCUUUAGAAAGGGACGAUCCCGGGGAGUUGAUUAUUUGGUUGUUUGUCUUCGCUCUUAUUACGGCGUUGACAUCGAUUCUGGUGGUGUUAACGCGGCAUAGACAACGUGCAGCAGAAGCAAGACAGCUGCAGCAGAGGCAGCAGCAGCAGCAGCAACAGAACAGGGAGAGAGAAGCGCAGCAAAGGAGGCAGCAGCAUGUAGCCCUCCUUAGACAACUCGAACAAGAGAACUGGUGCCCGGCGAAGCCCUACGAGAAGGUGCGAGAGACGCUGGAGUUGGUUGGUGCAGCACGAGGCAAUGACAGCAGCAGCAGCAGCAGCAGCAGACUUCCUGCUGCUGCAGCAACAGCAGCAGCUCCGGAGCAACAGCAGCAGCCACAGAAGCAGCAGCAGCAACAGCAGCAGCCGGAUCUUGAGCUAGGCUUGCAGGAACACGACCCUGCAGCUGCUGCUGCUAGUGCUGCUGCUGCUGAUAGUGCUGCUCCUGCUGCUGCUAGUGGUGCAUCUGCUGCUCCUACUGCUGCUUCUGCUGCUGCUUCUGCUGCUGUUUCCCCCGCUGGUUCGGCGGGUGCUGCAGUUCCUGCUGCAGCUGCUGAUGCCAAUGCUGCAGCAGCAGCAGCAGCAGAAGGUGCUGCAGCAGCAGCAGCAGCACAACCUCAUGUGUCUCCUUUAGAAGGCACAGGAAAGGAGAGCCCUUUAGACGAUGCGAAUGCACUGUAA